UGGUCCCGCUCUUUCUAACGGAACCAGAUCGCGUCUCGUGGGUUCUCUCUCGUUUUUACUGAUAUGAGGAACUCGGACUCCAUAAACUAGCUUAGCAUGCUAGCUUAGCAUGCUAGCUGGUAACACAGAGUGAGAGAAACGGGAAGUGGUGAUUUAGUAAACAUGAGUGUUGUGCUGCUCUCGUUGGUGAAGCAGCGACUCACUGCGGCUGCUGAAGACAUCUUUGUUCUGUUUGAAAGAACGAUAGCAGAGUACGAGGAGGAACUGUCUCGUUCAAAACAGGAGAACGAGAGACACCGGAAACUACUGGACGCUGUUUUACAGCCUCAGCUUCAGAUCCACAGAGCAGACGUCCAGCAGCUGGUGGUGGUUAAAGAAGAGGUUCCCCCUGAGCAGCAGGAGUGGAGCUCCAGUCUGGACCAGGAGGACCCAGAGCCCCCCCUACACAUUAAAGAGGAACAGGAGGAACUCUGGAGCAGUCAGGAGGGAGAGCAGCUUCAGGGGCUGGAGGAGGCUGAUAUCACCAAGUCCACAUUCACUCCUGUCCCUGUGAAGAGUGAAGAUGAUGAAGAGAAACCUCAGUCCUCUCAGCUUCAUCAAAGACAAACUGAACACCUGGAAACAGAAGCUGAUGGAGAGGACUGUGGAGGACCAGAACCAGCCAGGAACUCAGAUCCAGAGAGACAUUUACAACCAGAGACUGAGGACAACCCUGGAGACUCUUCUGAACCUGACACUGAAGACAGUGCUGAUUGGAUGGAGAACAGAGAACCAGGUUCAAACCCUCAGAAAAAUAAACAAAACCCUGUCAGUGAUUCAAGACGUAGUGCAGGAGAGAAACCAUUUGGCUGCUCUUUGUGUGAGAAAACGUUUACACAGAGAGGAAAUUUAAAUCGGCACAUGAGAAUCCACUCAGGAGAGAAAACAUUUGGCUGCUCAAUAUGUAAGAAAUAUUUUGCACAGAGAGGAGAUUUAAAUAAACACAUGAGAAUCCACACAGGAGAGAAACCAUUCAUCUGCACAAUUUGUAAGAAAUCUUUUGCAGAUAGAGGAGAUUUAAAGAAACACACGAGAGUCCACACAGGAGAGAAACCAUUCAGCUGCUCAAUUUGUAAGAAAUAUUUUGCACAGAGAGGAGAUUUAAAGAAACACAUGAGAAUCCACACAGGAGAGAAACCAUUCAUCUGCUCAAUUUGUAAGAAAUAUUUUGCACGGAGAGGAGAUUUAAAGGAACACAUGAGAAUCCACACAGGAGAGAAACCAUUCAGCUGCAGAGUUUGUGACAAAAGAUUCACCCGGAGAUAUCGGGUCAAAAUCCAUAAGUGUGUUGAUCGUCAGUCCUCACAGCUUCCUCACACUCAAACUGAGGAGAACAGAGAGGCAGAGCCUCCAGCCAGCAGCUCAGCUGAAUACCUGGAAACAGAAGCUGAUGGAGAGGACUGUGGAGGACCAGAACCAGCCAGGAACUCAGAUCCAGAGAGACAUUUACAACCAGAGACUGAGGACAACCCAGAAGACUCUUCUGAACCUGACACUGAAGACAGGGCUGAUUGGAUGGAGAACAGGGAACCAGGUUCAAACUCUCAGACAAAUAAACAAGACCCUGUCAUCGAUUCAAGAUGUAGUGCAGGAGAGAAACCAUUCAGCUUCUCUUUGUGAGAAAACAUUUACACAGAGGACAUUUAAAUCGGCACAUGAGAAUCCACACAGGAGAGAAAACAUUUGGUUGCUCAGUCUGUAAUAAAUAUUUUACACAGAGGCCUGAACCUGACUCUGAAGACAGUGAUUAUUGUUAGGUUUAAACUCUUUGAGUUAGUCCCAGUAAGUGUGUAUAACGCGAUACCUGCUCUGAGUGUGAUAAAAUAUCAUUGCUCUAAGUCAAGUCUGAAUGUGCAUUAAAACAAAUAUUAAGCACAGAAACAAGUCCAUUGUGCUCUAAUGACACCAAAGUAACCAACACUUAUGGCGACACUGACAAAGAACCAGAGCCAGCCAAGAACAUGACUUUAGCUUCUCCUGACCCUGAAAUCAGUGUUGAUUGGAAAGAUCUGUUAUUCCGGUUAAACACUCUGAACCAGUGGUUCUCAACUGGUCAGGCCUCGGGACGCACCUUUUUCCUUUGUCAUUAAAUCGCGAUCCGACAUUUGCUUAUUUGCUUUUCAGCAGACAAAAUCAAUUAAAGUGAAGUACAGUGCAUAUAUCCCUUAUAUCCCUUCACAGAACUAAAGUAUGCUUUUAAAAAAGUUAAAUGAGAUGAUGGAAUCAAAGCUCAACUGUAUAACAUAAAAAGGCACACAUGCUGAAAACCCAACCCCAGCAGGGGCCAAUUUGUGGCCCCACGCAAAGUCAUAUGAUGAAGCCCUCCGUGUCACAGCAGCAAUACUGUGCCGCGCUUACACUAAUUGCGCCGCAUAACGGUGCGCUCAGUUGAGGGGCCCCCUCCGCAAGAUGAGGCCCCCUCAGCGAGGUGAGGCCCCACGCAGUCUGCGUGAUCGGCCCUGCAUUCUGGUACACUCUGAGAUUAGGCUACUACCUGACAUAUUAAUAAUAUUUGAUGCCAUUGUUUGUGUUUCACUUUGUUCUGAAGCUGAACUUGCUGCUCCUCACAGAGAGAAGAGUAAAGAGGAGAUGGUCUGUGUGAAUUACUUUAAAUUGUGGGUAAGGGUAGAUAGCUCCCAUUGUACUGUGACCUGUCAAUCAUCAAACCGGGGGUCAUAUUUCAUUAUGUGUUCAUUUGUAUCUGAAGUUGUACCCAUGGGUGUAUCUGAGUGUGGGAAAAUAUUACGCCUGAAAGACAGUCUGAAGAGACGUGAGAAUUCACAUGGGAGAAGCCAUUUGGUUUCUCAGUUUGUGACCAAAAACAUAGACAUAAAAACCAAAGUGAAUCUCCCUUUGAACAAGAAAAAGCAACGGCUGAUCUCUUAUCGUUUAGUUGAUAUCACUAGCUAAUGUGAGUUACAUUUCAUCCUGAUGCUUUUGAAGAAUCGUUGUUAAUAAAGUGAACUCUUUUUGAAAAGGAA